CAUUUAUUUCCAAGGCCUUCUCCAUACUCUUGUUUAGCGACAAAUCAGGACUGCAAUGGGACAAGUCAAGUGAUGCAGUUGAUGUAGAUGGGAUGAAAAUUGCAAUUGGGUGAUUCCCUUUGAGGGGGAAAAAAAAGGAACAAUUGCAUUCAGGGGAUGCAAGUUGUUCCUCCUGAUAUCAGGGAUUGACCAUUAUCCCUGUGUUUUUAGAAAUUAAUCAUAGUCUCUAGAUUUGUUGCUGUUUUAAUGCAUACUCAGUCUGUGGUUUCUUGCAGAAUGGAACAUGAGGCCUUCCAGCUAGAAAAGCAGCAUGUCCAUCAGGUCUACGAAAGCACAGCCUCUUAUUUCAAUGACUUACAAGACAAAGCGUGGCCUCGCGUCCGGCAGUUUUUACUUGAACAGGAGCCUGGCAGCCUGAUUGCAGAUAUUGGUCCAUUUUUGAACCGUACAUUCUUCACACAGAGCACACAGAGAGAUCGGAUGGUGGAAACCAAUCCAAAGCAACCCUAUUGUUGAAUCUCUGCCAGGCCUUCUUUUCAUUGGAAAGACUCCGAUCCACUUCCAGCACGGAGAGGUGUUUUAAGUUCCUACCCAGCAUCCCCCCCCCAACUUAGAAAACCCAUCAUUAUUCCUGAUGCUGAAAUGAAAGUGCAGAAGUCCUGGGACAACUUCCCAAGUUUUAGGUUUAAAGAUGUUCAGGGGAGCUAAAAGUAGGACACUGUGGUGUUGGCCAUGGUCAUCUUUCCGAUUUCUUGCUUUCUUCUUGUAUAUAAGAAAUCCUCACGAAUGAAGGCAAUCAACCUCACAUAAAAAUUCUCUUUUGGUUGGUUUAAGGUUGUGGGAUUGGAAAAUAUCUUGAUGUCAACCACCUAGUAUAUAACCUUGGAUGCGAUUAUUGUGGCCCCUUAAUCGAGAUUGCAAGAAAUAAAGGCUGUGAAGUGAUGAUCUGUGAUAACCUACACCUCCCUUUUCGGGAUUUGUGCUUCAAUGCCAUCAUCUCAGUGGGAGUGAUUCAUCAUUUCUCCACAAAACGAAGACGAAUCCAGGCGAUCCAAGAAAUGGUCAGGGUGCUGGUUCCCGGUGGCCAAAUGAUGAUUUAUGUCUGGGCUAUGGAGCAAAAAACCCGACAUUUUGAGAAACAAGAUGUAUUUGUUCCUUGGAACAAAGCCUUGUGUUCUCGCUUGCUUUCAGAAUCCAAUAAACCCGGGCCUAAAACUGAUACCGCACCCCCUAUGGAAUCUCAGACCACGCACUCAAAACCACCGAUGGGUUUAAAAGGCCGUCAGCCUGGUCCCUUUGAUCAGAAACCCCCUCUGAAAUUGGGUAACUGCCUCUCCGGGUCCUGCUGCGUGAAAAUUUCUGCCGACGAAGAAAAGCGAUUUUACGGUGCCCUGGGGAGAUCGUUCCGUUCCUGGUUUUCCUCCAGAUCUCUUGACGAAUCUGUCUUAAGAAAGCAACAUGACAAGAUGGAUCCCUUGAAGGAUGCAGUGGGAUGGACAAGCAGCGCCAUCUCUGUCCAGCCCCUCAGGCACUGCAGCGUAGACUUAGGGUGUGAGUCAGCACUGCUCGGAGAACGACAGCUCGAUCGCUAUGACGAUGUGUUUACAAAGUGUGGAGCCCGGGAACAAAUCCAGUGGCUGGCAGCUUCGGGGUCCCUGAGGGGUUAUGAUGGGGAGCCGGCAACCUUAAUCCAACACCGCAACGGGGAAACCUCAUUUCUAAGGAGUUCUAUGGAAAACGUCAAGAACAGCCGUAACCAUCAAAGCAAUAGUCACUCCUUCGCGGGAAAACCCUUCAGAAGGAUUUCAUCCGUUAGCUCCAGCGAGUCUGUGGUCGAAUCAGCGGUGGCGGUAGGAGACUGCGCGGUUAACGGACAGGACACCAGAGCCUUUAUGCGCUAUUACCAUGUUUUCCGCGAAGGGGAGCUGUGCUCUCUGCUGGAAGAAAACAUCCCUGAGGUUCGCAUAGUAAGUUCAAGCUACGACCAUGGCAACUGGUGCAUUAUUGUGAAGAAAACAAUGAGCAACAGCUAAAAAGUUAAGCUGUCCGAAACCGCGAUCGAAGGAACGUUAUACAUUUUGCGAGCCUUUUAUCACCCAUUUUGUGCACUGGUGCAGUUUGAAUACAAAGAUGCCACUAUGAAAGAAUAGCACUGAACGGUUUGUUGAAGAACAAGUUGUUGUUGUUGUUGUUGUUGUUGUUGUUUUUACAAAUGCCCAUUCUCAGUUUAUGUUGCUUUCAGGAAAUUUGGGAGUGGGUUGUUUUGUUUUUAUUUUAAAGCGUUUUCUAAAUAAACCAUUUUACAAGCGAA